AUGGUUAAAAAUCGGAGUAGACUAGUUUUAUCCUCUGUUUUAAGUGUGUCUUUGAUCUACUUAUGUCUUUCAUGUCACGUUUCUGCCUACCCCUUCGGUAGAAGGCAGCUCCGGUUUAAUACUGAUGGUCGGUUCAAGAUACUGCAAGUGUCAGAUUUGCACUACGGUUUUGGCAAAGAGACGCCAUGCUCCGACGUAUCACCAGCAGAAAUGCCUUACUGCUCCGAUCUCAACACCACCGCCUUUUUACAGAGAACUAUCGCCUCCGAGAAGCCCGAUCUCAUCGUCUUCUCCGGAGACAAUGUGUAUGGACUGUGCGAGACAAGCGGCGUGGCAAAAUCGAUGGAUAGGGCAUUCGCUCCAGCGAUCGAGUCGGGGAUUCCAUGGGUGGCCAUAUUGGGGAAUCACGACCAAGAAUCCGACAUGACAAGAGAAUCACUUAUGAAAUACAUAGUCAAACUCCCAAACUCGUUGUCUCAAGUAAACCCUCCCGAUGCUUGGCUAUACCAAAUCGAUGGUUUCGGGAAUUACAAUCUACAAAUCGAGGGUCCUUUUGGCUCUCCUCUCUUCUUCAAAUCCAUUCUCAAUCUUUAUCUACUCGACGGUGGAGCUUACACGGAUCUCAAGGGAUUUAUUUACAAAUACGACUGGGUCAAAACCUCUCAGCAGAAUUGGUAUGAACACACUUCUAAAUGGCUCGAGAUGGAACACAAGAGGUGGCCAUUCCCCCAGAAUGGUACUGCGCCGGGGCUGGUUUACCUCCACAUUCCCAUGCCGGAGUUUUCGUUGUUCAACAAAUCGACGGAGAUGACUGGAGUGAGACAAGAACCUACAUGUGCUCCACCUAUCAACUCUGGUUUCUUCACAAAACUUGUUGAAAGAGGCGAAGUCAAAGGUGUUUUCAGCGGUCACGACCACGUCAACGACUUCUGUGCUCAACUCCAUGGAAUCAACCUCUGUUACGCUGGCGGUGCCGGGUAUCAUGGGUAUGGAAAGGUUGGUUGGGCUAGGAGAGCAAGGGUGGUCGAAGCUCAGCUUGAGAAGAGUAAGUAUGGACAUUGGGGAGCCGUUGAUACAAUCAAAACUUGGAAACGGCUCGAUGAUGAGAAUCAUUCUUUGAUUGAUACUCAACUUCUCUGGUCCAAGAACACUACGGAUGAUAUAAAUAUUGGGUUUUAUUGCCCUACUAUACCACAGCACUAAAUCAAUGACCGGAGCUUUGUAGAGUGAUAGGU